AUGAGAGAUGCUGUUAACCCUACAAUUCAAACACCAGCACCAACUGUGCUAACACCAGCUCCUACAGGACCAGAUGGAUCUCCAGUAACACCUGCCCCAACUGGACCAGGUGGAUCUCCAGUAACACCUGUCCCAACAGGACCAGAUGGAUCUCCAGUAACACCUGCCCCAACUGGACCAGGAGGAUCUCCAGUAACACCAGCCCCAACAGGACCAGGAGGAUCUCCAGUAACACCAGCCCCAACAGGACCAGGAGGAUCUCCAGUAACACCUGCCCCAACUGGACCAGGAGGAUCUCCAGUAACACCAGCCCCAACAGGACCAGGUGGAUCUCCAGUAACGCCUGCCCCAACAGGACCAGGUGGAUCUCCAGUUACACCAGCACCAACAGGACCAGGAGGAUCUCCGGUAACACCAGCACCAACUGGCCCUGGAGGAUCACCAGUAACACCAGCACCAACUGGGCCAGGAGGAUCUCCAGUAACGCCAGCACCAACUGGGCCAGGAGGAUCUCCGGUAACACCAGCACCAACUGGGCCAGGAGGAUCUCCGGUAACACCAGCACCAACUGGGCCAGGAGGAUCUCCGGUAACACCAGCACCAACUGGACCAGGAGGAUCUCCGGUAACACCAGCACCAACUGGGCCAGGAGGAUCUCCAGUAACACCAGCACCUACUGGGCCAGGAGGAUCACCAGUAACACCAGCACCAACUGGGCCAGGAGGAUCACCAGUAACACCAGCACCAACUGGACCAGAUGGAUCUCCUGUAACGCCAGCACCGACUACACCUGGAGGAUCUCCUUUAACAUCAGCACCAACUGGACCUGGUGGGUCUCCAGUAUCGCCAACAUCAAGUGUACCAGGAGGAGGAAGUAGUACAUCUGAUAGAGUGAGCACUUCAACAAUCUCAUCUGGAUUAAGUACACCAGCAGUGAGUUCAUCCAAAACUGUCAGUGGAUCAUCCAUUGCUAGUGGAUCAUUAGGAUCCACAAUUACAUCAGGAUCUACUACAGUACAAGGACCAUCUGAAUCUACUAGUGUUGGUGGAUCAUCUGUUGGUUCCACAACUGUUAGUGGAUCAUCUGGACCUACUGCUACUGGUGGAUCUACUACUGUAGGUAGUGGAACUUCUGGAUCUGUCAACACCAGUGGAUUUUCUACUGUUAGUGGAUCAUCUGAAUCCUCCACUAAAGGAGGAUCCUCUUUAUCUUCUAGCUCUAGUGAAUCUACCAUGGUUGGUGGAUCAUCCAGAUCUACUGCUACUGGGGAAUCUUCCACUAUUAGUGGGUCAUCUGGAUCUACAUCUGGUGAUGGAUCACCAUCUAGUGUUGGUGGAUCAACCAGUCCUAGUGGAACAUCAGCUAGUGCAAGUGGAUCAACCAGUGCUAGUGGAACACCUGUUAGUACGAGUGGUUCAACAAUAGCUGGUGGCUCUUCGCCUACUACUGCUGAAUCACCAUCAAGUACAGUUGGAUCAGCAAGCACUGGUGGAUCAUCAGCAAGCUCUAGUGGAUCAUUAACUAGUACUGGUGGAUCAACCAGUGCAAGUGGAGCAUCAGCUAGUUCUAGUGGAUCCACAUCAGCUGGUGGAUCUUCACCAACUACCGGUGGAUCUUCACCUACUAGUGGUGGAUCAUCCACUGGUUCUAGUGGAUCAUUAACUAGUACUAGUGGAUCAACCAUUGCAAGUGGAGCAUCAGCUAGUUCUAGUGGAUCCACAUCAGCUAGUGGAUCAUCAUCUAGUUCUGGUGGAUCAACAACUGCUGGAAUAUCAUCAUCUAGCUCUGCUACAGCAUCCACUACUAGUGGAUCAUCUGCUGGCUCGUCAUCCACUCCAGCUGGAACAUCAAGUUCAGCUGCCUCAUCUACUGCAGGUCCAACAACGACAACAACAGCAGCUGGUCCAACCACAACAACAGCUGCUGGUCCAACCACAACAACAACCGCUGGUCCAACGACAACAACAACCGCUGGUCAAACGACAACAACAACAGCUGGUCCAACAGCUACAACAACAACAGCUGGUCCAACAGCUACAACAACAACAGCUGGUCCAACGACAACAACAACAGCUGGUCCAACCACAACAACAACAGCUGGUCCAACCACAACAACAACAGCUGGUCCAACGACAACAACAACAGCUGGUCCAACGACAACAACAACAGCUGCUGCAACCACAACAACAACAGCUGCUGCAACCACAACAACAGCAGCAACCACUACCAGGUCGCUAUCUUCGACUGCAAAAAGCGAGCUUAGUAGUCUCUCUUCUUCGUUGUCGGGUGCUGUGUCAGAUAGUUCGUCCAGCAGGAGGCGACGCGCUCUUGACCACAGAAUGCGCCACAGGAGGGAUACGGUGAGUGUCACCGUCGUCAGUGAAAUAUGGGCCAGCAUCAAGAAGUGGACCACUGACUUCAACAGGCUUUCGUGGUCAGAUAUCACCACCAUCAAGUCAACGAAGUCCAGCAUUGAUAGUAUCAGGACGGACAUCAAAUCGGGCAAGAAGAUAAGCACCAAAAACGUAUCAAUUAUAAAAGUAACGGCGACGGCUGUUUCGGUUCUGCUGGGAAGCGUCGUCCAAAACAUUACCAAAGCUGCGAGGCAAGAAAAGUUAUCCACCGCUAAAGCUCUCGCCACCACAGUGGUGGAGUCUGUUGCUAAUAUUUCUACCCAGAUUUCGUCAUUGCAGUCCUCGCUUGCAGGAUCAGGUACGAGCUCUACCUCCACCGUGACAGGUGAUGUGUCAGUAUUUACUGUGAUUUCCAGUACGAUGCAGUCCAUUACAAAUUUAGGUCUUGGUGCGGUCACCUCGGAUACCACAACAAAUUUACAAACUUACCUGGAAACUCUUACCAGCAUAGUUACCGAAGUGAAGGAUGAGAAGAAGACAUUGAGCACUGCACAGCAGACGACUGUAACGACGGCAGCUGUCGCCAUUCAAAGUGCCCAAGAGAAAGUUAUGAAAGAAAAGAAAAAGGUUGAAAAUAAAAUCGAAUCAGAAGCUUUCGUUGUCAGACUUCAGGAACUUUCCUUUGCGAUUUCAAUUGUCAAAGAAGGUUUAGAAACGAUAGUUGAGGCUAAAAAGAAGGGUUCUUCGUCAUCAUCGUCAUCAUCAUCAUCAUCAUCAUCAACUGACUCUGUCUCUAUCUCAACCAAUAUCAUUACUCUUUUAAGCACUUUGGAAAGUUCGAUACAGUCACUUACUGAUGAGGACAUCGCCAACUUGAAGAAAUUUGAGAACGAAGCAAAAACAAUAGUCACAAAGAUCGAGGCUAACGCCAACAUAGAUAUCCAAGGGAUGAAGGCUAUGACGACAUCUGUUAAGAAACUAGAGAUAACGCUCAAGAAGAAACAGGAGGAGACUUCUUCUCGAGCCUCUCUGUUGGAGAAGUUGGAAAUCACUUUGAGUAUUAGGUUCUCUCUUUCUGAGAUUUAUGAUUAUCUCACUGAGAUCAAAAGUAAGUCGGGGACCUCUGGAGAUGUAGUUGGUGAGGCGGUUAUUACGCUGAUUAGCGGCAAUGUCUCCAGUUUUGAUACCUCCAAGCUCUCUCUAAGUGACGUUACAAAUUAUGAGAGCUUUGUCACUUCCCUUAAAACGAUUUCAAACCAAACGAGCUCCAGCAAUGGCCCGAUUACUUCCAUUGAUACUUUACUAACCAGUGUUCAGUCAGCUCAAAGUAAAAUAGAGACUGCGACAGAAGAGCUAUCAAUGAAAGAAGAGAAGUUGAUUCUGACACAGCAGACGGAAGAAACAAAACUUCUUAUAACUUCCAUAUCGACUGAAAUUGCUUCAUUAAAGAAAAAAGCUUCUAGUAGUUCGGGUAGUGCCACUACCGACAUUGAACAAGUAAUUGAGAUCCUAAGUGAGUACAUGACAAAGGUGUCAUCAAAAGCUUACAUAGUGUUGGAAGACGACCUGGUCACUCUCACUAAAUCUUUCGCCGACUUUCAAAAGAGCGCAGCUGCCAUCACCACAUACAAGGAAAUUAAAGGCCUCGAAGAUCUCGAGAUGAAAGCCAGCAAGGCAGAGGUAUCCAUGACUUUAAAAGCAACGAGUCUUCAGAAGAAAUUAGCAACAAAACAGAAGAUUGAGACCAUGGAAUCACUCCUUUUCUUCUUGUAUGACCUUGAAGAUCUGCUUUCUAGCGUACCAGCUGCAUCCUCUGGGGAUUCCUCAGCAACUACCAACAUUAUCAUUGAAGACAUUCAGGACAAGCUGAGCCUGUGGAAAAAUGAUGUUGAGCUCAUCACAUUGUCAGAUAUUGAAGAAAUAUAUGGCUAUUAUACAAGCAUUACAGCUCUGUCUACGUCUACGAGUAAAAUAAAAGGAAUCACCGAACUGAAGGCAACAAUCGCUACCGUGGAAACAAGUGUAUCUUCAGUGAUAACGCAGUAUGAGGGAAAAGACAGCCAAAUCGAACUGCAGACGAAUGUUGGAGAUGCUCUGUAUCUAACGUCCUACUAUCUGGAAGGGCUGCAGAACUUACAAGACUACAGUGAAUCAGCGGCAGGAGACAGUAAAACAUACGACGAAAUUGAAAAUGUAAGAAUCAUUGUAACUGAGUUAAAAAAGAAAAUAUCAAAUAUCACAAUAACAAAUAUUGAAAGUUUACAUUCAGCCCUCGAUGUAUUCGAGGAAUUUUUAAAUAAGGUUGAAAAUGGUUCUAUCACCCUCCAACCAAUAGAGGGUCUUGAGGCCACAAUAACAGAAAUUCAGUCUGUGAAGAAAGCAUUCCUAACCAAAUCUAGCCAAGAGGAUAAGAGUAAAACAGAUGUGCUUAGCAAAGCACUUCGGUUCUUCGAGGAUCUGAGCUACUAUCUCAAUGAAUUGGUCGUUAAUUCCACUGGAGUGAGUAGUUCAGACAUUAGUUCCUCUAAUUAUAACACCAUAGAUGAUAUUUAUUUCUUCCUCCAGCUUUUGCAAGGAAGAACGGAUUCUUUUAACGAAGAGGACUAUGAAUUCUUGAAAUUUUACGUAUCCGAAAUACAGAGUAUUCUAUAUUCUGUUGACUCAUAUACAAGCGUUUCUGGUUAUCAAUUCAGCAUACAAGAAACUCUAUCAGCUCUUGAGCAAGUGACUGGAGAAGUUUCUAGCAGCAGAGAAACCCAAAUUCAGUUCAAGCAGACAAAUGACUUGUAUAACUUUGCGAAAGAUCUUGAAUACGUCAUGGGAGAAAUUGUGUUGUAUUUGGAAAGUAUUUCAGAAGCAUCCGGCGGUUCUCUGGCAAGUGGUGUAGAUGUGUCCUCCAUCAAGUCUACCCUGCAAGCUCUCUCAGCGAAUGUUUUUUCCAUCACGGAUGUGUCAGAGCUUACUUCAAUAAUAGAAACACUGGUGGUAGUAGACGCACAGGGAAAAAGUCUAGAUGGUAUAGAAGAACUUCUAGAAAUAGCUAAAACUGCCUUGACCUCUGUUAGUGAGUACACAUCUGAAAUUGAAAGAUCAUAUUAUCUCCAGAUCAGCACCCAAACGUUAACUUUGGUCUACUACACCGUUGAGUAUAUAACUGAGGAGUUCAGUACCAUUUUCGCGAACUUGGAUGCAAGCAGUUUUAUUGGGGAAAGAAACGAAGAUUUAGAUACCAUAAUUACCUAUUUUCAACAAGUAGCGUCCGAUCCCGACUCAGUGACGGAAGAAUUUGUGUUCAAGCUCUCAGAUGAAUUUGACACAGUUAUGAGCAUAUUGAGUGAUCUUCAAACCGGAGACGGUUAUGGUAACCUCCUCGACGUUAUCAUGGCGGCUGAAACAGCAAGAGACAUUGUCUUUUCUCGCAUACAGGAACAAAAGGAGCAAUCAUCUGCUGGGGAGGUCAGUAGAAAGUCAGAAGAAAAUCUCCUUAAGUGGGAGAAAAUAUUCUUUGCCCUACAACUAAAAAUAAACCUAAUGACAAAUGUCACAAUCACUCAAAUGGGCGAAGAGAAUGCUGCAGUAACUGAACUUUUAGGUUUGUUGAAGGAUUUCACCUCAUCAGAAAUAACUGUUGAUUUAGCAAGUAUACUGGCAUUAAUAGAAGGACUUCAGGUAACACCAGGAGUGGAAAUACCUGGCUUAUUCAGUCUAUAUGAAUUGGUAGAUGAAGCAGUCACUCUCGUUAGGGAUAAUCAUUUAUUCCUCAUUUCCACUAUAGAAUCGAGGAACAAGAUUGAUGUGCUUACUCAGUCAUAUAACAUUCUCCAGCACAUUGAAUUGACACUGAAACAAAUCAGGCUGUCCUUCUCGGGUACGGCAGGUGAAGGUAAGCCAAGAACCCCACAUACUGUUAAAUAUCUAAUAGAAAUUUUGCAAAGUACAGACAUAGAAGAGUUUUCUUUCUAUCUGAUCAACGAACUCAGGCUUUUGUUUGUGGAGUUGGACAGCAUCUUCUAUUAUGAAAAUGUUGAUUUAACUUACAUUUCCCAAGCCCUUGAGAUUACUAUGGCUCAAAGCCAGUCUCUUCUCAUAAUUUUAGAAGAGGAGCGAGACGCCUCUUCAGAAAAAUAUCAAGCUAGCUUGGUAAGCAAGACGAUAAACCUUCUAUCAACUCAACAGAGUACAUUGCUUGAUAUAAUCAUUGCAGCUGGUGGCAGCAUCAGUAGUUCUGAAGACAUAAAAGUGGAAGACGGGCAACAAUUUGGGAACGAGAAUGUGACAAAGUUGGUGUACAUUUUAUGGGAAAUAUAUCAAUCCGGUUCUUUCAGUGAAGAACAAAAUGAAAAACUUAAGGCACAAGUGGAGAUUAUAGAAAACAUGGACAGUGCUUUAUUCGUUGACAAAGCCCUGGAAGGUCUUCAAAAAGCUAAUGCCCUUCUGACAGCAAUUCUGAAAAUCGCUGAAAUGGAAAAGAGUACCGCAAAGAAAAAUGCCCAACGAGCUGCAAAAGGAACCAGAGUAAAGAAAGCGACAGCCAUUUUGCGGAAAAUAAGCCAGGUCUGUACGGAACUGCUGGUUUCUAUAGGACUAGUGGAGAAGGAAGAUGAAGAAAGUGAAGUAUCGGCUCUUGUAUUAGAGAUUACGUUAUACAUUAAGACUAUUGACUUUGAUUCAGUCUCAGACGAUGAAAUCUCGGAGUUAGAAGAGAAGUUGUCCCAAUUAAUGUCCGUUUCAAUAAGCAAAGGGAGUAGGGUAAUUGGUCUGAGAGAGCUCAAGUCACUGGCCUCAUCAAAGCAAGAGGAAAUAAAACGAAACAGCGCUGUUCUAUUGAGUUUAACUGAAGUCACCAAAUCAAAGAGGACAAUAAAGAAGACUCAGUCUUCAUUUACCAUACUUCUCAAGUUGUUGGAGAAAAUCACAAUUGUUGGUCCUGGAAGCAGUGAAAGUGCUAUCUUUUCUGAGUUACGUGAAUUGCUUUUAUUAGAUGUCACGUCCUUGAACGAACAAACCCUGAUUAAGAUUGAAAGAUUUAUUAAGAAAAUCACAAAAGUGAAAACGGCUAUCUCCAUUAAAUCGGAAUCAUUAGUCGAAUUUAGGAUCACAAUCGGUGCUACGAAUCAGCACUUGUCAAGACAGGUGAGCAAAUUAGAACUGAAGGCAAGUGAACUACUUCAAAUUGAAAGGUAUCAAGAAACGAAAGUUAUUCUUCUGAAAGUGCUUUCAGAGACCAAAGAAAUCUUAGACAAUACUGAAAAUACUGAAGAAGAAUCUGGGGACAGCAAAGACAGUCAAGUUGUUCAAGAGUACAUAAGACUGCUGAUUCGUUUCAAGAUUAGCCUCACAUACAUUUCGGAGGAGGAGUUUUUCUACUUUAAGGAAAACCUGGAAAGACUGUAUAUCGAAUUAUUUAGGGGGGUGAGUGUCAAAGUGCUCCUUCAAUUAAUAGAAGUCAGUAAUGAUGUCGUCAGUUCAAUUUCCACCGAGUUAGAAAUAUAUGAAAGGGAAACCAGGCGAGAGGAAGCCAUAGCCUUCGGCCGUACAGCCAGAACGACUGUGAUAGAAGCCAACAAAAUAUUCAAGGUUAUCGCAGACUUUGUAGGUGCUUCCGCAUCUGGGGAGACAACAGUAAUAGAAAUUAAUAAGUCUUUGACUAUUUUACGCUUAAUCAAAACAGGGGAAGCAACUGUGACCCAUGUCAAAGAAUUGAGUGAUUAUGUAAGUUAUUUAAGAGAGAUCUAUGUGUCUUUCUCAUUUGGUGUCAAAAUAACAGGUCUGCAGGAAGCGAUAGUAUCUAGCGGGUCACUGAUUACAUCGCUGAAAGAAUCUGUGAUAGAAAAUGCUUUUGAUGUGGAAUACUCGAAUAGAAUUAGCAAGCAAAAGCAAGUCCAAUCAUUGCUUAUUAAACUAAACAGCCUCCUGAAAGUCUUGGUGGAAAGAGAAGCCAAUGGAACCCAAGGUAGCGGUUUCGAUCAUCCAGUCAUAGGCGAUCUUCUUUCUAACAUUGAAGGUAUCGAAACUAAGUGGAGCUUUUCUUUCAUAAUCGAUUUCUCAGAGAAUAUAGAACUUCUGGAGCAAGUAACGUCUAAUGUCUCACAAAACUCGAAAAUAAUUGGACUGCGCGAUUUGCAGAGGUCUGGAAAAUCUGCUGAAAUAUCAGUUCAGUUGAGUAUUUCUCAGUAUUACAGGAUAGACAGUUCGGCCAAAGAAAUUACCAUUCUAGAGAGUGCUGGAAUCGAACUCACGAAGUCGGAAAAUAUUUUGAGAAAGAUUCUUAGCAUUACUGGAGACGCAAGUGGGCCACCCAAAAAUAUUGUCGAAUUUGGAGAAAUAAAAGAGUUCUUCCUGAAAGUUACAGUGUAUAAAUUCGAGCACAUUAUCAUACUCAGAGAAUAUGUUACCUUCCUAGAAUUGUUGGUGCAGAGUAUUAAAAGUACCGAAAGAAUUGCUGAAAUCGACAUCAUCGUGUCUUUUGUCUUGGAACGAAAGUCCUCCGUGGAGAGAGAACUUAGCUUAAAAUUGCAAGAGAAAAAGAGAGAGAAAAGUGUGAUCUAUGCCACAGCAGCUAAGCAAGAAGUUCAAAAGGCUUAUAAUAAGAUAACAAGUGUCAAGAGGGAAUAUAUUCUGGAAGAGAUUAUUGAGGUACCAGAAGUGACCAGAUUUAAUUUCUUUUUGCAGUCAUUUGAAAUCACUUCACUGUCUGCCAUUUCUAUUUACACUUUGACCCAAGAAAUUGAAAAGGUUUCACUUGCAAUAGCUGAUGCCGGUGCAGUCACGAUUGCUUAUUUCACUCAAGUCUCUGAACAGCUAACAUUCUUAAUACACGAAGCAGAGAGACAAAUUCAGGCUCAUGAAAAUUUGAUGGCUGAAGAGAGGAUCAGUGAAAACUUUGAGCAGGCGCGUGAAGCAAUUACUGCUACUUACUCUCAAAUAGGAUCAUUACAGAAGAACAUCACAAAAGAAGAAAUAUCAAGCUAUGAAGAGAAUGCAGUCAUUUCUUCCUUAUAUAACUUCCUCCUAUCGUUUAGCUUCGAUUUUAGGCUUAUAUCAGAAGAGUUCAGCCAAACAUUGUUAUCAUUUGAUAUUUCAGGAAUCAGUGCACCACAGGAUAAAGGUACAAGCAUUCUGUAUUUAGGGGAAGUACAGAAUUUAAUCGAGCAUUACACUGAAGCAGAUAAACAAAUUAAAGAAGGUUUGAAAAUUACAGGAAAAGUUUUUGAGGCUAAAGGAUUACAAAGUUCUGUUUCUCUCUUAGCUAAGAACAUAGAAUCAUUUAUCCUUGAUCAAAAUUCUGAUGAUCCAAAUGGACCUGGAAAUUCUGGCAACCAAGGUGACUCUACUGGUGCAGGAUUUUCUGGCGAUUCUAAUGGCCCUGGAGCCUCUGGCGAUCCUUCAGACCAACAAGAACUUGAAGCUGCCAGAAAGAUCCAGAUAGAGUUAUUCAUUGAGACUGUACAUAUAGUUCAGAAGUUUGCAUUAGGAAAAAUCACUUUUGAUGAAAAACAAACGUCUGAAAUUAGCAUAAAGAUUGAAGACGUUCUGAAAUUAGAUGUGAGGUCUUUGUUCUCGAGUUUUAGCCUUCAGUACCUACAAAAAACAGUAAGGAAAUUAUAUUCAGCCUUGGCAGUAAUAAGUUCUUCAGUACAAGUAUUAGAAUCUUCUUCACACGUGCAGAAUUCACUCCUAUCCCUAGAUGAUACUGUCACCAUUCUAAGAUCAGUUCAGGAAACCAUAAACAGAAUCAUAAAGAGAAAGAAGGGAUCCACUGAUACUGCAACCAUCAUUUCUAGUAUCACAGAAAUUGUCAGAGGCUUUACAAGCAUUCAUUUUAUCACCAGUAAGGAUGUGGCUGACCUACGGGCGUAUUCUUAUCAGCUAAGUGCAGCAAGUCACUCGAGUGAAGCAUUUGAAUAUGACGGUGAGGAUUUCUCAUUUCUGAUUAGCUCCACCAUAGAGGUUGUUGAACUGGCAUCAUACUCUCAAUCAACAUUGGUAGCAGGAUCCAAAUUGUCCGUAGAGGAUUCUGUAUCUAGUACAGCUUCUGCUACCAGUUUUCCUACGUUUUCUUCAGCUAGGUCUAAAGCAGAAUAUUCUGAAGAAGAAAAGGUUGUGAUAGAAGAUAUAACCAUGGUAACCCAACAAUAUUAUGUUCUUCAAGAAUUUGGAAGCUUACUCUCCAUAACAUAUGAUCUCCUUACUACACUUCGGGACAAUAAUGGUGUUGAGGUGACAGAAAAUUCUGAGACAGAAAAUUCCGAAACACCAGGGUCACCCCCUUCGGUUAACCCAGAAGAACACACAUCUCAGAACACAAGUCAUACAUCUGAAGGAGAUAUUACUCACAGUUCUGAUGAAUCUAAUAACAGUACUCUUGAGUCAAGUGAAAAUUCAGGGGAAUCCAGCAGCGAUUCUGAAGAUGCCACUGAUAGUUCAGAAAGUAGUACUGGAGACUCCACUGAUGAUUCAGAAAAUAGUACUGAAGAUGCCACUGAUGAUACAGAAAAUAGUACCGAAGACAGUAGUGGACAAACAGAUGGUGGAUAUGACGAUCUUCCAGCUCAACCCUUUGACGAAGAAGAAGAUGAGGAUGAAGAGGACGAACAUGUCAAAGUUUUAAGACAGGUUAGUCUAAUCCUCCAAACAGCUACCGCAGAUACUGAUGGUUUACAACUGUCAGCACUAACCUCAUUUGCUUUGUAUGUUAAGAAGAUUAGAGCAAUAGUCAACACUACCAUACAAAUCGAUAUUAGCCUGAUAGAAGAGACAAUAAUGGUUGUGAAUCAUUCACGCCACAUAUUUAGUAAGAAGAGUGCAUCAUUGCAUGAAUACGUUUGGGUCAGCCAGUCCUUCUUGAAUGUCAAGGAAACAUCAUCUGUUCUUGAUGAGGUGGCUUAUAAGUUUAAAGAAAGCAUAAUUUCAUCUGAAAAUGAGACAGUAUCAGGAAGUUCUGUCAAUGAAACUGUUCUCAGCCAGAUUAAUACCAUUACUAUUCAACUCAUUCAAUUCAGUUUGGAUAGCUCUACUAUAACAACAGAGGCAAUACAAUUCUUCAAGAGAAGCAUUUUUAAUGUAUUUGAGGCAUUCGAGAUAUAUGGAAAGUUCUUUGUGAAAGAGUUCCAUAUCUGGAAGCAUUUUCUACUAGAAUCAAAAGUCACGACUUCCCAGUUGCUUGAAAAGUCAGUAAGCAAAGGAGCUGUGCUGAGAUCACAAACAGAAGGUGACAAGUACGUCACAGUGAAGGCCUCAGAAGCCAUUCAGAAUUUCACAGAAAAGAUCACCGAGCUUUCUUUAGUUCUGGAUGGGUCAAAUAAAACUCAUUCAGUUUCCGGAAAGAGGGUAAAAGUAAUUAUUGAGGAAUCUUUCCACAUCACAAGUCAGUGGGUUAAAGGAAUAAUAGAAAAGAAUCACAUUACUAAAUUUGAGAAGUUCACCUUUGAACUCUCUGAACUGAUCAUCAUACUCAAAGGAUCCAGCUCACCUGCUGGAAUUUUGGAGUUGCAGUUGGCUUUAUCCAGGGCUCAGAUGGGAAUACAAAGAGUGUUGGAAAGAAUUGGUGGGGAAGUGCGAGAGAAUGAGGAGGAUGCUGAUAUAGAUUCAAAGUAUGAUUAUUUCUCUCAGAUUGGUUAUUUCCUAGAUGAUUCAUCAAGAACUGAAACUGACCUUGGUCUGAAGAAUGAAACGCUUGAGAGCAAUGCUACAAGUACUGAAGACAGUAAUAGUUCAAACGAAAAUCAACUGGAAGCUAAUACAACUGAAGUACAUGAGGUGAACCAAAUUAUUCACAUCCUUGGUAAUGUAUCAUUUUAUCCCUUCCAAGUGAACAUUUCAGAGUUAGGAGAAAAUUUCUUGGCGCUGAUUUUAGUUUUACAAGAUUCAGAAGGGACAGCAAGGAUACAGAAUUAUGACAAGCUCAGUGUGAUAAUUAAGGAAAUAGUUGAUUUCUUGGAAGUAACCAAGAGAACUCAAUCAUAUAACAGGGCUUCACUUGCUGCUACAAAAAUACUGCAAGCUAUUCCAAUCACUAGCGGAGGUAUGCAGCCUCCACGACAACUGAAGAGUAUUGGGGAGGUCACCACUAUUUACAAGGAUAUAUUGCAAGUCACCAAAGGACUGUUUUCUAUUUCAAGAUCGGCCAUAAGAAAGAUUUCCAAAACUUCGCUAUUGCUUGAGGAUUCAAUUAGGAGAUAUGGUGCAGAUAUCACUUACCUUCAAAGUAUUCAAGAGAGUUUAAGUUACAUUAGUGUUACAGUGACCAAAUAUGAACAUUAUUCUUGGACUCGUUACACAUAUAGUAGAGCAUCCGUGAUAUUCAUCGAAGCUAGGGAAGAUAUUCAAGAAGCAAUUGAUGCCUUGAGAUAUGUGGUGCAUCAGCAGAGUUCAGAGUCUGUAGAAUACGUUGAAGAAGAUUCGGUAAGAGAAGCUUUCGAUUUACUAGCUGGUGUGAAAUCCAGACUUCAUUUAGUACCCAGGGACUUACCUUCUAUCAUCAGGAACUUCAACUUCACUUCGCUGGAUUUCACGGGUGGAAGACAUAUCCGGUAUUUAAGAGAAAUUCAUAGUUUGUUACUUAAGAUUCAAAAGACUCAGGCAGUAAUUAGUGUUACUGCCCAUUACACAGAAGAUGGGUUGAAGGCAAUACAAACAAGGGAUGCAGUAAGGCAAGUCUUGGAAGUACUGAAUGAACUCAAUCCUGAAGAUAAUGUGGACAACGGCAGUACAGAUCCUGAACACUCGAAUGAUAAUACCACAAAUGCACCAUCUUCUCAAGGUGAAAAUAAUGCUACAGAAGCCAAUACAGAUGAUGAUGGCGCUACAGAAACCAAUACAGACGAUGGCGAUGAAGGUGAAGAUGACACCGCUGAAGGGAAAAUGACCAUUGAUGAUGUGUUCGAGAGAAUAAAAACAAUAGCAGAGGAUAUCCUCAAGGCAGGUUUCAGGCUCAGUGAUGACAAAAUAGAGGAACUCAACUACUAUGCGUCAGUCCUCAUAAGAUUUGCUGAGCAGGCACCGAAGACUGAGAACCUACGAGAAAUCGUUGAUCUUUUAUCAUUUGCUCUUCGGUAUUUGGAGUUAUCUGCUACAGCAUUACAGUCUGCAUCUCAUAUCUCAGAAUCCUAUAGCAUAGUGAAUGAAGUGUUAGAAAUAACACAACUUCUUAAGAAAAUCUCUAAAGACCUUGGUCAGGAAACAGUUACAUCAGAAGCUGCUAAUAUCACCUUAUCAAUAGAGGGAUACCUUGAAAUAUUUGCCAAAGGCUUUGCUUUCAUAUCACGGGAAGAUGUGGAUGCUUUGUGGGAAAAGGUGUACGAUUUGCAAGCAGAAGCCGGAUCAGCUGGUGACGUUGCCAGCAACUUUAGUUCAUUGUCUUCUUACAUAUUUGACAUAGAACUGGGCAUAACAGAAAUACAUGGUUUCCUUUCAGCUCAUUCUUAUCAUUAUGAGAGAAUAACCUCAAGUGAGGUCUAUUCAUGUGAUGCAGAAACAGUCUCCUCAGCCUGGGAGUUGAGCAUAGCCUCCGAGGUUUCAUAUACUAUUUAUGAAUUUAACAAAAUUCUGAAUGCAAUCCCAAGAGCUCUCAGUGCCUUUGUUGGCUCAGGUACUACCACAAAUGAUACCAAGGAACCGUUAGGGAACACAGAAGGAAACAGUGAAAAUGGUGGUGAAGGCAGUAACAGUAGUGAGGAAUCAAAUAAUGGUGCUACUGAUCAGUUACAGGAAAAUUCUAACCACACAGAUAAUCCUGGACACAGUGAUGGAGAACUUGCCAAACUUCCACCAACAUUUACAGAUUUCUAUACACUUACACAGACACUUCAAAGCAACCAAGAAGAAAUUCAGCUGUUGGUAAUAAGAAAUGCUGCCAGGUAUUUAUAUGACUUGGAAAAGUUGGCCAGAGAAAAUCAAACAUUCGACGAAGAAGCUAUUCAUAGCUUUAAUAGAUACAUUCAGCACCUCAGAAAAACACUUGUAGAUGCGGACGACAUUGCAGGAAACUUUGGCAGAACAAGCACUAGAAUUCUCAUUUUCCACGAUGCGGCUGGUACUGUAGAGAGGAUAAGUAAAGCCACGAAAGGCUGGAUUGAUAAACUGACGUGUGAGGAUGUAAACUGUGUUUCUUCAAAUAAUGAAACGAAUACAAAUGAAACAUUGAGCACCAGUGAUAAUGGCACUACUACUACUACUCCUGCUAUCACUUCUGAAAAUACUACAGAGAACUCAUCUAUGACAGAUCACGAUAACAACGACUUCCAAGAAGAGUUUGAUGAUGCCAGCGAUAUAAUUUUGCACUGGACAUUCGACAGUUCAUCUGUAGAUGGCGCAUCAGUAGUUCAACUGAAACGUUUUAUGAAUGCCCUAGAAGAAUCUUGUGGGUCUGUGUAUGGCCUCCAUGUGUGGGAGCAAAUUCUCAUUAGUACAAAUACAACUUUAUUAGAAGUUAUAGAACAGCUUUACUUGAAGCAUACAUUCCAUAGGGGUUUAUUGGAGGGAUCCAUUGUGACUUACAUUAGGGCAUCGGAUGUGGUUGAUGUAUAUAGCAGAACUCUUCCAGAAUUCGAAGUACAUGGCAAUUCCACAGAACCAUUACCUGGAAACUCAACUGAUUCCGCUGAGUCUAAUUCAGAUGAUUCAGAUUCCUCUGUGUCUAAUUCAGGUGAUUCAGAUUCCUCUGAGUCUAAUUCAGGUGAUUCAGAUUCCUCUGUGUCUAAUUCAGGUGAUUCAGAUUCCUCCGAGUCUAAUUCAGGUGAUUCAGAUUCCACUCCAGGUGAAGGAGACACUGGCAAAGCUUCAAAUGAAACCUCUGAUAAUUCAGUGGGAGCUGCAGGAGAUGACAACGAAGAGGAUGAAGAUCAGCGCCGCGCAGAUGAGGUGAGAUUAGGUUAUCUGACCCACGAGUCUCAGUCUUUACUGCAAAAGUGGGAAAAGCCACUUGAAAUUGAAAAGACUAGCAUAGACAAACUCUUUGCUUAUGCGACGGAAGUGUCUGAGCUGAGCAAGGUUGACAGGAAAUUCCUCCAAAACGAAGAAACUGAGAAACUUCAAAAGAUUCUCCAUGAAACGUACCAUGAACUCAAGGACGCCUUGGACACGCUCCAUUCGUAUCAACAAGGAGUAUUGGGGAAAAUUGCUCAUGCACUGGACUUGAGCUUCUUCCAUCAACUUGACCAGCUCUUGGAAUAUUCCAUUAUAUGGUUGAAUCUAACCGAAUCUGAGAAUUCACAUGCAACACAUUCUGCAGGGAAUAGCACAGAUUCUUCCACUAGUCCUCCUCUUCCAACAGAACUUUCUGCAGGUAACACAAGUUCUGCAGAGGAAGACGGUGAUGAGCUCCGCAUCAAGUGUGAGGAGGAUGACUCUUAUCUGCACUGCAUCAUGUCCUACUUGCUAGACGAACUGCGUGAACUGGGGAACGUCAGCAGUCCCUUGGAGAAUGCAAAUGCCACGGACUCGCCUUCAAGUAUUGCACCAAUGUCUCCUCCUCCUACAUUUAAUAAUGCCACUGAUGGAAAUAACAGUACAUUCAAUGCCACUGAUGGAAAUAACUGGGAAGAAUUCGGGGAUAAGCCGGAGAGACUGCAGAACAACUACCUGGACCAUUACACCUACGAGAAGUUCACCUAUGGCCGUCUGAGACACGUUGUGUACGCAUUUGGAGGAGCGAUUAGGAAGAUAGGAUAUGCAAGGUUUACCAUGAUUGAAGACGUUCAGGAGAAGCUUGAAGAAGGCAAGACUUUGGUUGAAGAUCACAUCGCUCUCCUGCAGUUAAAGAAAGAUGACGCACCUCCAGUGGAUCCCGAAGAGAUCGAAGAGUACUACUCACAUUACAAUGCUACAAGUGAGAUAUUUGCUACUAGUGAGGUAUAACUGUGUCAGGGACUGAGGGUGAGCUGCCCACCCUCUUGAUGACAAGAUUUUUGAGCUCAUUCCUUUCUUUUGUUACUGAGGACCAGAUCACAUUGCAGUGUGUGAAAUAAAUCUAAAAUUAUUGUAAAAAAUGAAAGGAGUAAAGGACAAUAUAAUGUUAAUAGAUACCACGUUUGUUGUUUCAUAUCGUUUUAAUAGAAUUAAAUGUUUAUUGAGACCAUGUUUCAUAUUGUUAAUUCAAAAUAAGAAAAAAAAUUAUAAUGUUUUUCUUAUUUCUCAGUAUGCCUUAUUCUAGAAUAACUGUUAGAUUGGUAUCAUGGACUGUGUUAUAUCAUAAUUUAACUUAUAAGCUUGAUUGUUGAAAUAUUACACUAAAAUUGUAUUCAUUUUCAAGAAUCUGGCAGUUUCUGAAGAUAUGCUUAUGAAGAACUUGGUUCAUUCAUAAUUGUUCUUAUUUGUGUGCUUUUGUAGUUAUAUGAAAUGCAUACAAAUGUAUGCAUCUGUGUGAUAAUAUAUAUAUAUAUAUAUAUAUGUGUGUGUGUAAAUAUAUAUAUAUAUAUGUAUAUAUUACUGGGAAAUAUACUUAGGUAUGUAAGUUCAUAUAAUUACAAUCAGUACCUUUGUAUUCAUAUUAAAAGUAAAUCUUGCGC